AGUUCUGCAGCCUUGAAACUCAAAGAGUGGACUCAACUUCAUGAUGAUCAUGAUGCGUAGCGUCGUGUUUGUAGCGCUGUGUGGAUUGGCCCUUUCAGAUGUUCCUGGACGAAAUCAGUCGUGCGAGCCGCUGGAGGACCCAUCAGUCCUGAUGCAGCUGGGCGUGAAAAAUGGUUUUGCCGCGUGGGUGGAGAGCGUCAGCCGUGGCAGCGUCACGGCUUCUUGUGAAUGGCCUACUCCCAACCCCUUCGGAAUCGACGAGGAGGGGGGGGGCAAUAAAGUGUACAUUUGCAAUGGCGAUUGGGGUUGCACAUGUGACUUACUAACGCAAGAUGAAGAUGUGGACUGCUUCUUGCCCGCCUCCACUUCAACCCCCAAAGCCUGUGAUUUCGCCGAAGAAACCACCUCAUGCAAAUGGGAAGACAACGACGACCAGGACUUGGAACAAAAUUGCUUCACAGUUCCGCCAAACACGCGGAUCCUUGGAUCAUGCGUCAAGGGUGGACAGGACACAGAAUGUGUCGAUAAGAGUUGCACGUGGAGCGGCGGACAAAAUUGUCAAGUUGUCGACACGUGCUAUCAAGAAGGGGAGACCCCAACACAGUGGUGCGUCAGCAAAACUACAGGUGGCGGAAUAAGCCACUACAACCUUUUACUUGAGUGUUGUACCGUGCCCACCACGGCGCCGCCGACCACGGCGCCGCCCACCACGGCACCGCCCACCACAGCGCCUCCGACCACGGCCCCGCCGACUACGGCGCCACCGACCACGGCACCGCCCACCACAGCGCCGCCGACCACGGCGCCGCCGACCACGGCACCGCCCACCACGGCGGCCACCACAGCAGCCACCACGGCAGCUACCACGGCAGCUACUACUACAGCUGCCGACACUACUACAGGUCCCGACAUUACGACUGCUUCGGCGCCCGACAUCACGACAACGACUGCGAAGAAGGCGUACAGCGACAGGUGGGCCGGUUUUUGAUGCAAAGUAGCUGGCCACGCCUGGUCGCUUCGCCAGGAGGUAUAGGCUCCACUUUUCUCUACUACCGCUGCAACAUGCAGUGUGUUUUCCGCAAUCCGGGCAGUUUGCCAGCUUGUGGCAAACAGAAUUCCCAGGCUCAAUGCACUGUGCACUGCCUUCCUGGAUGAAAAGGAGUCCUGCGGCAGUUGAAGGCUAACGAAGUGGUUCCGCUCUCGAAGUGACCGACGGUUGGAGUUCUGACAACUUCAUUCGUCAAGUGCGAUGGAAGAUGGCCUUUUUAGACAUCAAAAAAUAGACUUUUCAUGACUUUUUACGCACUAGAAAAAACUAAGAAGUUCGCGUGGCGGUUGCAUUUCAGGUAUCAGAUAGGAGAACCUAGCGGUCUACUUGAUGUGAUGGCCAUGUUUUACGGUUGCCGUUCAGAAGCUUAGACUCAAAGGGUAGAUUUCACAUGAUUUAACCACCCCGAGCUAAUUCUUUGUGAGUGAGCGACUGUGAUCGACUGUGCAUAUGAUGCGUAGCGGCAUGUUUGUGGCGCUGCUGGGUCGACGGGCGCUGGGUCGACGUUCCUGAAAAGAUCAGUCGCGCGCGAGCUGCUGGAGGAGGGGUUGCAUCGUAGCAACUGCCACAACCAACGGUGGCCAAUUUAGUAAAGAUCGGCCGUAGGAUUUUGAUAUUUGACACUAACCUGGAAAAGUGUUAGAUCCCCGCAAAAGCGAUGCUGCGAUAACAAAGCAUUCCAGUUCAGCACCAGUACAGGUGCGGAUGACACACACACACACAAACGGUUCAAAAGGCCGCAAAGGGGCGCCUUUCAGUUCUUUGCAGGGACGAGAAGGAAAGCCGGAUGGAUCAGGGAUCCAGUCUUUUGGGAAGCUUGGUGCAGGG